GUUCAAUUUUAACCCGUCUUUUCCUGGCGUCUUAAACCCUUGGGACUUGGGAGGUUGCAACGAUCUGCAAUUGCGACUUCUAUCUGGGGCUUUAGAUUUGGAUGCUUGCAACAGCUGAGUGUAUAAACUUUCAAGAGCAAGAGUUUUCACCGCUAAUUCUAGAGAUCGACACGGUCUUAGAGAGCGGGAGCUAUGCUGGCCAGAAGGUUUGUUUCCGUGUUCAAGGGCUCCCAAAGAUCGCAACUUUCCAGUGCUGCGAAGCCGGCAGAGGAAGGCAAGAGCGAAGCAUCAUCAUUUGGACGUAAAGCAGUCUCCUUUGUAUUGAUUACUGUUACGGGUGGUGUUGCCUUGAGCGCUCUGGACGAUCUCUCUAUCUAUUAUGGCUGCACCAGAAAGGCAAUGGAGAGAGCAAACAACAACGAGAAAAUUAAAGAAGCUCUCGGUGAACCAAUAGCCAAAGGGCCGUGGUACAGUGCUUCCCUUGCAGUAUCUCACAGAAGGCAAUCUGUUUCUUGUUCAUUUCCUGUCACUGGUCCACAUGGAAACGGAGUCGUGCAGAUGAAAGCUGUUCGUGGCGGAGAUGACAACUGGUUAUCGUAUCUACUCCCUCGAGACUGGGAAAUCCUCAUAAUGGAUGCCCUCGUUAACAUUCCAAGCAAUGAAGAGAAGCAGCAAACACAACGAAUUAGUCUGUUGGACAGCUCUUCAGCAUGUCAGCCAUGCACGGCUUGCCCCCGGACCCAGAAACCAGAAACCAAAUGAUCAAAUAUCAAAGUGAUGAUGACCCUUUUUACCAGAAAGAAAGUGACUUUUUUUACAGGAAGGUUGCCCUUGUAUUCUAUUGGUUCUCUUCCUUUCAGAUUUUCUCAUUUGUUAGCAAAGGGAGAGAAAACAUAAGAGUUCGGCUGAAGCUAGAAGGGAUUUAGUUAAUGGUGUCCUUUCAAAAUCACAAACACAACUGGCGGCUGGGAUAAUGUAAUGCUUCCUCUUUCUUUCCUUGUUUUAUUCCUUUUUGUAUCUGCCUGCUGAAUUUACCUGUGACAGUGCGGCCAAUGUUGUUAGCGUUUUUGUUUGGAAUUGUUUGGUGAAGCAAGCAAUAAAGGUGCGAUCCUGGUUCAAAUCUUCGUUGCAGCGUAUCAUUUUGAGGGGAAUUUUUUUUGGUGGCAUUCAAUAGGUUUGAAAAUUCGAAUUGACUGCCUCCAUCUUCUUCACAAAUUCAUGGUUUUAGUGUGUUUGAAGAGGAGCAGCAAAACGUUUUGACCAUGAAAAUAGUACGGACACCAAAUUGUUAUGUCAUUAAAUUC